UCAACAGUUGAGAGACUAAUCUCCCCGAACCAGCAUAUUUAAACUCAAGGAGUACAUGGUGCCAUUUGUCUAGUGCCCAUACUCACCAUGGCUAUCCACCAAGUCGUUUUGUUCAUUGUGCUGUUCAUCGCCUUGAAUGGAACUGUUGGGCGUGAGAUUCCCAAUGUGGGUAUUGUUGGUGGAAGAGAGGCUGCUCCCAACUCUCGUCCCUACAUGGCAUCCCUGCAGUCCCAAGGUCAGCAUGACUGUGGUGGAGUUCUGGUGAGAGAGGAUUUUGUCCUCACUGCUGCUCACUGUGAUGGGAAAUACAGGGUGGUUCUUGGAGCUCAUAACUUGUCAAAUGAUGAAAAUUCCCAACAAGUAUUUGAAGUGGAUCGAUACAUUCCACACCCCAGGUUUGGGGACAACCUGGAAAAUGACAUCAUGCUUCUCAAGUUGAAAGGACGGGCCACCCUAAGCGCGUCGGUGCAGCUGAUUCCUCUGAUGAACGGUUCAGUAGCUGAGGGAACUGUGUGCUCCACUGCAGGCUGGGGGGUCAUCGACAAUGACGAUACCCUACCAGACACACUGCAGGAGGUCAAUGCCACCAUCAUCUCACCCAGAGAAUGUUCCCGCAGAUGGAGGGGCGUCAAAAUCUUCCGACAAAUGGUCUGCGCAACCGGCCCGAGUGCUUUCCAGGGCUUCUGCUCGGGGGAUUCGGGAGGUCCGUUGGUGUGCAACGGGAUGUCAGCAGGCAUCGUCUCUUUCUCAGGGCAGAUUUGUGCAAACCCCAGCUCCCCUGAUGUGUACACACGAGUCACUUCCUACCGCCAAUGGAUAAAAAGGGAGUUAGCUAGAAGCAAUUAAACUAGGCAUGUCAACCACACGUGUGUUUGUGUGUGCAAACAAUUUCACUGUAUGACUGAUUAUUAUUGGCAGGAACCGGUCAAAUCUAGUUGAAGUGCUAAAGAUUACACAUUUCUCUGAAGUUCAUAAUAAACUCAGUUUACUCAUU